AUGGCCAAACAAGGAAUGCAUGACCCUCGUCCUCUCCGGGUUAUAUGCAUUGGUGCGGGGAUAUCCGGCAUUGCAGCAGCAUACAAAGCCCAAAGACAACUGGUCAACACGGAGCUAAUCAUUUACGAAAAGAACCAUGAUGUAGGUGGGACUUGGCUGGAGAAUCGUUAUCCUGGAUGUGCCUGCGACAUCCCGGCCCAUUCCUAUACCUUUUCGUGGGAGGGAAAUCCAGAAUGGUCUAGGUUUUAUGUUGAAGCACCCGAGAUCUUUGAGUAUUUGAAGAACUGCGCUCAAAAAUGGGGCUGCAUGGACUUUAUUAAGUUGAGACAUAGAGUUAUUGGGGCCACUUGGGAUGAGAAAAGGCUUAAAUGGACUAUUGAGAUCCAAGGGCCAGAUGGCACGCAGAUCACCGACGUUUGUGAUGUUCUCAUUAGCGCGACAGGGCCACUAAAUAAAUGGCAAUGGCCGGAUAUCCCUGGCCUGGAGGACUUCAAGGGUCUACGCCUACACCCAGCAAGAUGGGAUAUGACUGCCGACCUCUCGGGGAAGCGAGUCGCAGUCAUAGGAGCUGGAUCAUCUGCUCUUCAAAUCGUUCCUACCAUCCAGCCGAUCGUCUCUAAGCUCGUCAACUUCAUCCGCUCACCAACUUGGGUUACAGCAGAAUAUGGCCAGGCCUUCGCUCGUGCCGGAAGAGACACAAGAUUCACCGAAGCUGAGAUCAACACCUUCAAGUCUGACAAAGAAGCUUUUCUAGAGUACCGGAGAAAGCUUCUCGAUGCUUCGACCAAGGCCUUUGAUCUUUAUUUCAAGGAUACCGAUAUGCAAAGGCAAGCCUUCCAGGCAAACAGAGAGCUCAUGCGGAAGCGACUCAAAGGCAACGAAGAGAUAUGUAACAAACUUAUUCCCGACUUUGAGGUUGGAUGCAGACGCGUGAGUCCAGGACACGGGUAUCUGGAAGCUCUGAUUGAGCCAAACGUAACUGCAGUCUUUGACGGGAUCAAGCUCAUCAACGAAACCGGGAUCCUCGACAACAACAAUGUUCAGCACGAUGUAGACGUCAUCAUAUGUGCGACUGGAUUCGACGUUUCCCACCGACCUGCGUUCCCCGUCCUAGGACGAGGAUCCAAGGAUUUGAGAGACUUUUGGAAUCAAGGCCCAGUUCAUUAUCUCUCCGUAGCAUCUCCAGGGUUUCCGAACUAUUUCAUCGUGGGCGGUCCUAACGCUCCCAUUAGCAAUGUUUCCCUUAUUAUGGGACUCGAGCUGGCAGUUGACUAUGCCUUCUCAUGUGUGAGGAAGAUACAGACUGAGAAUAUCGGCAGUUUGGAGGUGAAAAGGGAAGCCACAGAUGACUUUCUUGAGCAGAGAGACAAAAUAAUGCAGGGCAUGGUAUGGACUGGAUCUUGCGUAAGUUGGUACAAGAACGGCCGUGAUGACGGCUCAGUGACAGGUCCUUGGUGCGGGUCUAUAUGGCACUAUAAGGAAACAUUGGAAACGCCAAGAUGGGAAGACUUUGAGAUUCAGUAUCUGGAGAAGAAUCGCUUUGCCUACCUUGGAAAUGGACGGACUCAUAGAGAGCUAAGUGGCGAAAGUAUGGCAAAGACUUACCUAAAGUAA